AAAAGGAGAGCAUUGAGCAACAAAGAGUGAAGUAGAACCAUCUUCAUCAAUAUAAAUCAGGAGUAGUGACUGUCUAUCACAUUUCACUUGUUCGCUAUGAACAUACAAGUGGAACCACCAGAGAAGAAGAAGAAGAGGAAGAAGAAGAUUAAGAACUCGUGGCCACCGUUGUUUUCUCUACUUCCGGACGAAAUCGUCGUGAAUUGUUUAGCCCGGAUCUCGCGGUCGUACUACCCAACGCUCUCAGUCGUUUCCAAAAGCUUCCACUCGAUUAUCUCUUCCACCGAGCUCUACGCAGCCAGAUCUCAUCUCGGAACCACCGAGAAGUGUCUCUAUGUCUGUCUAUCGGAUCACAAAAGUUCUCGAUUUCCCCAAUGGUUUACACUCUGGAUUAACCCUAAUCGAACGAGGAGGAGGAAAAAGAAGAAGACAAUUGGACAGUUGUUGGUUCCGAUUAGCUCUUCUAAUUUCAAUUCUCUGUCAGAUUCCACCGUCGUCGGCUCAGAGCUUUAUAUCAUCGGCGGACCAGUGGAUAAAGCACCGUCCUCUGCUGUGAGGACCCUCAACUGUGGUAGUCACACUUGGCGCGAUGCCCCUAGCAUGAAUGUAGCCCGGAGAAAUGCAUCCACUUGUGUCUACAAUGGGAAGAUCUAUGUAAUGGGAGGGUGCCGAGGAUCAGAGGACGAAUCAUGGGCUGAGGUGUUCGAUACAAAGACUCAAGUUUGGGAACGCCUCCCUGAUCCGGGUUCUGAGAUUCGCAAUUGUUGCAUUUACAGCAUCACAGAGAUUGAAGGAAAACUUAACUUUGGCAGUUAUGAGGAGAUGUAUGCUUAUGACACGAAGCUAUGCAAAUGGGAAAGCUCUGUACACAAAUUUGGAACUGUUGCGAGGUUAGAAUGUAUGAUUGAGAAUGUAUCCUACUCCUUUGGAUCCGCUUAUCUUCCAUAUGGAUUCGGUGAUUUUUUUGUUCGCCGCGAGUUCCAGUGGUCUGACGAAAAAGUGGGUUAUUGGAAAAAGAUGCAAGGGUUAGACUCACUAGUAGAGAAGUACUUGAAGAAUGGUGGCUCAAGUCUUAAUAGGACUAAACUAGUUAGCUGUGAUGGGAAACUCAUACUUUUAUGGGAAGGUUAUAUGAAGCAUAAUCCCAGUAAUAGGAAGAAGAUUUGGUGCGCUGUAAUCGUGGUAGAAAAGCGUGAUGGAGAUGAGGUUUGGGGAAAUGUUGAGUGGGUUGAUGUUGUGCAUACCGUCCCCAUAUCAUGUGAGCUCUGGGAAUGUGCCGUUGUUUCGGUUUGAUUGACUUUGCAUCCAAGGACUUAACAUGAAUGGACUGUUGAUCAGUUUGGGAAGAGGAGGCAAAAGGAGAGCAACAAAGAGUGAAGUAGAUGAUCAAUUAGUUAGGGUUAAUAGUAGCCACAUUUUGUUAAAGUAGCUACUUCGGCAAAUUAGUAUUUCGACUUUAUAUAUAAUUUAUCUAAGUAAGGAGUUAUGUUUUUAACAUUAUAAAUAUGAAAGUGAUGUUGAGUUC